AAAUCACAGCACCAGACGCCACCCACCACCGUUCCUCCCAUCCCACACUCGCUCGCAGCUCGAGAUCGUCGGCCAUGUCCGGGCGCGGCAAGGGAGGCAAGGGCCUAGGCAAGGGCGGCGCCAAGCGCCACCGGAAGGUCCUCCGCGAUAACAUCCAGGGCAUCACCAAGCCGGCGAUCCGGCGGCUGGCGCGGCGGGGCGGCGUGAAGCGCAUCUCGGGGCUCAUCUACGAGGAGACCCGCGGCGUGCUCAAGAUCUUCCUCGAGAACGUCAUCCGCGAUGCCGUCACCUACACCGAGCACGCCCGCCGCAAGACCGUCACCGCCAUGGACGUCGUCUACGCGCUCAAGCGCCAGGGCCGCACCCUCUACGGCUUCGGCGGCUAAGGGCCGGCCGGCCGACGGGAGUCACUCUUUGUCGCCGCCUGCAGAUUCCAGAAGCCUGAUGAAGCCCCGACUUGUUUAGUUCGCUAUUUCCUCUGUAGUUUGAACUCAAUCGUGGAACAAAGUUAUUCGCAUAUAUUGUUGGAAAUGAAGCUUGUCUGUUGUCUC